UUAUACAUUUUUAUCGCUAAAAUCGGAAAUAAUCUUAUCAUAGGACAGUGUGGUAACGACAGUAGGACACAGCUUUGUACCUAAAAUGGCACAACGAAAGAAAAAGUUUUCGAAAAGGAAGCGGCACACAGCACACAAAGAUGUCGAUGUUGAUUCUGACGGUGGAGAUUUCGAAUUGGCUGCCGAAAUAAAAGAUGACGAUAUGCCUGGGAGAAAGUUGCUACGAUUCCCUGCAUCAUCAGAAUGCCUCUCAGAUGUGGAACCUGACACCAGGGAGCUUAUCAGAGCACAGAACAAGAAGAAGAAAAAAUCUGGGGGCUUUCAGUCCAUGGGCCUAAGUUACCCUGUUUUUAAAGGAGUGAUGAAAAAGGGCUACAAAGUCCCCACCCCCAUCCAGAGAAAGACUAUUCCUGUGAUCAUGGAUGGCAAAGACAUUGUUGCUAUGGCAAGGACUGGUAGUGGAAAGACAGCCGCUUUCUUGAUCCCCAUGUUUGAGAGGCUGAAGGCCCCUCAGGCUCAGACUGGAGCCAGAGCUCUCAUCCUGACACCUACGCGUGAGCUGGCACUGCAGACUAUGAAGUUCACUAAAGAGCUUGGCAAAUUCACUGGCUUAAAAACAGCGUUGAUCCUGGGUGGAGACAGUAUGGAUGACCAGUUUGCAGCCCUUCAUGAAAAUCCCGAUAUUAUUAUUGGCACCCCUGGCCGUCUUAUGCAUGUCAUCAUGGAGAUGAACCUGAAGCUACACAGUGUAGAAUAUGUGGUUUUUGAUGAGGCUGACAGGCUGUUUGAGAUGGGUUUUGCUGAUCAGCUUCAGGAAAUCAUCAGAAAACUUCCAGAUACUCGACAAACCCUGCUGUUCUCUGCCACACUGCCCAAACUACUGGUGGAGUUCGCCAGAGCAGGGCUUACUGAUCCUGUUCUUGUGCGUCUUGAUGUGGACACCAAACUGAGUGACCAGUUGAAGUUAUCCUUCUUUCAUCUCCGUUUGGAUGAGAAGCCAGCUUUACUUCUUUAUCUGCUGAGGAACGUGGUGAAACCCCAGGAACAGACUGUAGUGUUUGCCGCCACAAAACACCAUGUGGAAUACCUGAGAGAGUUGCUGUCCUCGGAGGGUCUGGAUUGCGCCUACAUCUACAGUGCCCUGGACCAGACAGCUAGGAAGAUUAACAUUGGACGUUUUGUUCACCGGAAGGCCAUGGUUUUGCUGGUGACGGAUGUGGCAGCCCGUGGUAUCGACAUCCCUCUGCUGGACAAUGUUAUCAAUUACAAUUUUCCCUCCAAGGCCAAGCUUUUUCUCCAUAGAGUUGGGCGUGUAGCGCGUGCAGGCCGCAGUGGCUCGGCGUAUAGCCUUCUGUGCCCAGAUGAGAUUCCUUUUGUCUACGAUCUUCACCUCUUUCUAGGUCGACCUAUUCAGCUAGCAACGCCAGAUCAUCCGCAUGAUGCAGAUGGUGUGCUUGGCCGUGUUCCCCAGAGUGUCCUGGAUGAUGAGGAGACACAGCUGGUCACAGCCCAUGAGAGCUCUUUAGAUCUACAGAAUCUCAAACGCGUUUCAGAGAAUGCAUACAAACAGUAUCUGAAGUCACGACCCAACCCUUCACCAGAGUCCAUCAAGCGUGUUAAAAACACAGAUUUCUCUAACAUGGCUGUCCACCCAUUGCUUGGGUCAAGGCUUGAGAAAAUGGAACUUGAAAGACUACAGAUUGUUGACUGUAUCAAAAGUUACAAGUCCAAAUCUACAAUAUUUGAGAUAAACUCCACAAACAAAACAAACGCCAGUGUGGUCAUGAGAGCAAAGCGCAAUCGGGACAGUCACUUGGUGCAGAAAUUCUCAAAAUCUCGGGAAGAACUCAUAACAGAUAGUCAAAUCUCUCAGCCCUACCUGCCUGCGCCUUCCACAGACAACCAAGGGCAUAGUGAAGAGGAGGACGUUCAGGGAGUAUUUGCUGAAGUUGUUGGUGGAAAGAGAAAAAAGCAUUAUGGAGAUGAAGAGGCAGAUGGAUCAAAAACCAAGAAGAACCGACAGUCUGGUCGUGAUGAAGAGUUCUAUAUCCCCUACAGACCCAAAGACUUCAAUUCAGAGCGAGGUCUCAGUCUGGCUGGAGAGGGAAACGUGUUUGAGCAACAGGCCUCCUCAGCUGUUUUGGACCUGAUGGGUGAUGAGCAAGAUACACUGAAUCAGCACAGAAACAUAAUGAAGUGGGACCGCAAAAGAAAACGCUUUGUCCGAGACACAGGGAAAGAUGACAAAAAGAAGAAAAUUAAAACGGAGAGUGGCCAGGUGGUUACCGGCAAAAAAACGAAAAAGAACCUCUAUGAACAAUGGAAGAAGAAGUACAAAGUAGACGAGGCAUCUGACUCUGAUGGAGACACGGGACAUGGCGGUCAGGGGAGGAGAGCUGGAGGAAGUGGUCGGCGAGGAAUGAGGAGAGGUGAGCAGACCCAGAAGAGGAGCGGCAGUCAGGUGCGCUCAGAGCUGAAGAGUCGUGAGCAAAUCCUCAAACAGCGAAAGUUCAAAGAGAAGCAGAAGUUCCUGCAGAGUGGUGGAAUGAAGAAGCUGCGUACCAAGAACAGACAGCGCGUCCAUGAGGUCAUGAAAUCUGGUUUUGGACGAGGAACACACAAGAAAGGCAAGAUGAGGAAGAAACUCUAAGGAUUUAGUGAAGAUGGACUAAAAGAGAUCAGCCUGGUCUCGCUUCUGAAUUCAUGUUCCUCAGAUGUUUUGUUAGUGGUUGAAAAGAGACUGUAGGGAUAAGCGAAGGCUGGAAAAAGUAACAAGAAUGUGUCUUCCUCUUCACACCCUUUUGCAUUGCCUCUUUGCCAUGUGAUAUCUUCUUGCACAGGACAGGAUAAAAGAAAACAGGUUUUAUGUUGUAUCUGCUGUAUUUCUUAUGUCCCUUAGUCCUUUCUGUUUAGAGCAAGGGUGUCAAAAUCGGGUCCUUUAGGGCCACGGUCCUGCUGUAUUUCUUGUCGAGCAACUAAAUAAAAUCUCUGAUUGGCUUAAGAGUGUGCACACCUGUUUUCAAGGUGAAAAUCAAGAGGUAACUAAGAGGUGAAAACAAAAACCAGCAGGACCCUGGCCCUCCAGGACCAGAUUUUGAUACCUUAGGCAUGGAAGAACACGAUCCCAAAGUACUGAGACCUUAUUUUGUGGGUUCUCUGAGCACUGCAAAACUGACACCUACUGGGGACUUUAUAUAAAGAAUCAGCAUCUCUCAUUUUAAUGCUUCACAGUGAUGUCCCGAAUCACUGUUUAUUCACCUUAAACAGUUUGUACAUGUUUAUUUUAAAAUGGAAUAUCAAUCCAGAACUCAGCAAAUACAAAGUUCUUGUGUCGUUUCUGUACACUCAGAAUAACUCAGACAUAAUACUAAAUUGCCAA